UUCUCAUGUCACCUAGUACCUCCUCUGACGUCGAGAAAGUCAUCGUGCGUGUGCAUGACUGUCACCCACCAGAUCAAAUGUGGUUUGCCGAGAAAGCGACACCAUUUUUCGACACGAUCGUGAAUGGAUAACGACCUAGAAAGCGAUCUCGAGCUUCUAGAAGCUCCAAACAGCCGACAACCUCAUCACCUCGAUCUCUCCUCAUCACAGUUACUCACAUUGCCUUCUCACGUCACCAUGUGGUGGCACCUACGCCAGCUGGACUUAUCUAACAAUGAAAUCCGAUGUAUUGGAGACGAAUUGGCGAGUCUGACGCGUUUGGAGUGUCUCGAUGCGAGGAACAACAGACUCGAGGAUCUGCCGUCGGAGUUUGUGAGACUACGCAGCCUACGCGUUUUGAAUGUGAGCGGCAACGAGUUCAAGCACUUUCCAGAGGUUUUGUGUGCGAUGGCGUGGAUCAGAGAUCUACAGAUUGGAGGUAAUCAGUUGGAGAUGCUGCCAGAGAGUAUCAGAGGGAUGAAGGGAUUGGUACAUUUGUAUUUGGGUGGCAAUCAAUUACAACAUCUUCCUCGAUCUCUCGGUGAGUUAGAAGACCUGCAAACUCUUCAUCUGAACGACAAUACGUUGGAUCAACUGCCCAAUGAACUGGAGAACCUUUCGAACCUUCGAACAAUCAGUCUUCAUGGCAACCGUCUAGCAUUCCUUCCAUCCCACGUCAUGCGUCUCCAGAGCCUUCAGAAUAUCAGUCUCAGAAAUAAUCCUCUCGUGUUACGCUUUGCCCGAGAGCACAUCAACGAUGUAGCAAGUUUACUCGAAUUGUCUGGUCGUUGCAUCAAGAAAAAGAGUGUACGAUAUGAUGAGAGUCAGCUACCACGGCAGCUAAUCAGAUUCCUGCAAAGUGCAAAGUGCUGUGACAAUCCCGACUGUUCUGGUGUCUACUUCACUUGGCAUAUUCGACAGAUCAAGUUCGUCGACUUCUGUGGGAAAUACCGUGUGCCUCUCAUGCACUACUUGUGUAGCUCAUGUUACGGUGACUCGUCGCUUAGCGACUCGGAUGACAGUAGUGAUGAUAAUGUAUCAGUAAAGCAAGUGAAUAAAGUACUCUUGUCAUAGUCACAGUGAUGUACAGUUAAUUAACAUAAUAUGGCAAUUAGAGUUGGACACAGCUAAUUGGUAUUCUGCAGGCGCCUGUAUAGUAGCUUGCACUUUGCAUAUUUUUAUGUAAAUCUGGAAACCAGUUUGAACAAAAUCUGACAGUAAACUUUAAAGAGUAUUGUUUCAUUUUUGCAUGG